UUUCUGCUCAAAGACGAGUCAGCACUUAAUUGAUCUGAGAUCGGAGCCAAUGUUUCAUCGAUCAGCUGCUGACAGAUUCAUACUGAUGACAAUUUGAAGUGAAGACAAAUCCUGAAUCUUCUUUUAAUCACAUGAAGACACUUUCAGUCUGUCUGCUGUUGUUGUUGCUGUUGUUGUUGUUGUUGUUGUUGUUGUUUGUUGUCCAGACCUUGUGCAGAACUCUGUUCAGCUGUUUGUUGUUUUAAUUAUAAAAUGUGAUUUGAUUGAAAACGCUGUUGUUAUAUUUUGGUGUUUGAGCAGCUGGUUCAGUUGACUCUGUGUGUGUGUGUGUGUGUGUGCGUGUGUGUGUGUGUGUGUGUGUGUGUGUGUGUGUGUGUGUUUGCGUGUGUGUCUGUGCGUGUGUGUGUGUGUGUGUCUGGUCAGGAAAUGUAAUAAUGGGCUAAUCCCUUCCUCGCAUGCGUAACGCGCGCUGGUGCCAAACGCGCGGCUCAAAACCAAACCUCCGUCUGUUCCUCACUCUCAGUUUGUUCUGACGACGCGCAGCAAGCCCGCGAACUGGCAGCGGAGCGCGCGAGGCUCUGUGUCACUUCAUGCCGGUUUCACGGGGAGAGGAAAGUCCGGAUCCAGUCUGAGGUCGAUGUUCUCUUCUCCACACCUCCACAGCCGCUCAACCUCCCGCUUCUGUCGCGCGUAAAAGCCGCUCGGUGCGGCGGGAAGCGGCAGCCGCGCGGCAGCGUCUGUUUCUCUCUGACAUUUCUGAGCUGAAAGAUCCAGAUGGAGAACUUCACCUCCUCUCCGCAGAGGAACCAGUCCGCCGGGGUCUGGACGGACUACAGCCUCCAGUACAAGGUGACCAGCAGUCUGCUGCUGCUGCUCAUCUGCGCGCUGGGGAUCGUCGGGAACGUGAUGGUGAUCCUCGUGGUGCUCACCACCAAACACAUGAGGACCCCCACCAACUGCUACCUGGUGAGUUUGGCGGUGGCGGACCUGAUGGUGCUGACGGCGGCCGGGCUUCCCACCAUCACCGACAGUCUGUUCGGGUCCUGGGUGUUCGGUCACUACGGCUGCCUCUGCAUCACCUACUUCCAGUACCUGGGCAUCAACGCGUCCUCGUGCUCCAUCACCGCCUUCACCAUCGAGAGGUACAUCGCCAUCUGUCACCCAAUCAAAGCGCAGUUCCUCUGCACGCUGUCCCGCGCCAAGAAGAUCAUCGUGUUCGUGUGGGCCUUCACCUGUCUGUACUGUGUGAUGUGGUUCUACCUGUCCGACAUCCAGGAGCUCGUGUACGACAACGUCACCAUCAUCACCUGCGGCUACAGAGUCCCCCGGAAGUUCUAUCUGCCCAUCUACUUCUUCGACUUCGGCGCGUUCUUCGUGCUGCCGCUGCUGCUCUCCGCCGUCCUGUACGGACUCAUCGCCCGCAUCCUCUUCCUCAACCCGCUGCCCUCCGACCCCAAGGACAAGAAGAAGAACGGACACGCCAACCACGCCCUCAGCAACAGCUGCAAAAACUCCCGCCACUCCAGCUCCACCGCCACCUCCCGCAGACAGGUGACCAAGAUGCUGGCCGUGGUGGUGAUCCUGUUCGCCGCGCUGUGGAUGCCGUACCGGACUCUGGUGGUGGUGAACUCCUGCCUGGACCGGGCCUACCUGGACACCUGGUUCCUGCUCUUCUGCCGGAUCUGCAUCUACCUCAACAGCGCCAUCAACCCGGUCAUCUACAACGCCAUGUCUCAGAAGUUUCGCGCCGCCUUCCGCAAGAUCUGCCGCUGCAGGGCGAAGGGUUCGGAUAAACCCGCCACCUACAGCGUGGCCCUCACCUACAGCGCCGUCAAGGACACGUCGAUGGUGGAGAGCACCGACCACUUCACCACGGAGCUGGAGGAGCUCACCGUCACGGACGAGCUGCUGUCCGAUCAGAAGAUGAUGUUUCCAGACGCCUGCGUGUACGGGAAGGUGAACUUCAGCGACGCCUGAGGUUGGUGGGAGGAUUCACGGCUCUGCUGAGAGGAGAGAUUGUUUCCUGAGCGCCGGCCGACCUUUUGGACGGCAGGACGCCGCAGCUCCAGAUGUAAACACAGAUUACACGGCUGAUGUUUAACGACAGUCUGUGAGACGCAAACAAGAAUCAUCCUGGACAUGAAGCCACAAACAUCCACAGAUACAGGAAGUGCUCCGCUCUUAUCUUAUCUGAACCGCACGAGUCAACAAAACAGAAACACUUCACCUCACUUCAAACAUCCAUCAGCUCAGACUCACCUCCGAGUCUUAAAGCUGCACAUUCACAUUUUGUGCUCAGCUGAUCAGUGACGCUGUAAAACCAAAGGAUACCAAAGACACAAAGAUGGUCUGGAUGGAGGCGUGGAAUCCAGUCUUUAUGUUCUCAUUCAACACCCCCCCCCCCCCCCCCCCCCCAUGUCAGGGCAGGUGGUCCUUUAAAGGGAGAGUCAUACCUGAGCCCUCACUUACAAAACAGGCCCUGCUUUUAUUGUGAAGGACUCAAACACAGCCUUGAGCACCUAGUGAAAAGCAAGACGGACGGCUGAGUGGUGGAGGCUGAAACAGGAGAGAGAAUGAAGCACUUUGUGAGUUUAAUUUAAGUCUAUUAUUAGUAUACUACUGCUUCAGCCUCGUCCUGGUUCUGUGGGAAACGUUUUAAGGGUUUAUAAGUUGUCACUAAUGGAUUUUAUUAUUAUUAUAUAUAUUAUAUUAUUAUUAUUUAUUAUUUAUUAUUUAUUAUUUAUUAUUUAUUAAGCACUUUGUAAGUAACAUCAACCUCUGUGUCAGAAACGUGAAGCUGAAACUUGCAGGUCCUCUAACGACCACUAGAAUCUGGCUCCAACAGUGAGUCAGUCCCAUAGACUCCCAUGUUAAAAUGUCCAACUUUACAGUAGAAAUAAACAUGUUUACAGCCUCAGAAUUCACCUCGGCUCCGCCCACGCUCCUCCUCUUUGACCAUAUUUGGAUUAGUUGGGAGUUAGGGGGCGGAGUCAGGCACUGCCAAGAUGGUGGUGGUGGAGCAGCUCACUGUGAGCUUCAGAAACCUGUGGGUGUCACAGAGGCGACAUCCAUCUUUGUUUACAGUCUAUGAGCUUUUCUCAUGUAACUAAAGGAAUUUUCUUAAAGAGAUUCAUGAAAUUACAAAUUAUUUUCACUUUUCUUUAUGUUUUAUGCAUUUUUCAGCAACAUCCAGUUAAUAGAUUUGAAUUCAGUAAUGAUGCUUCUACACAAGAGUUAUUGUUGGUGGAGUCUGACAGACGCCACAGGAAGUAAGUGAUAAUGCAUUAUUUCCUGUAUAGGUUUGUCUCAGGUAGAACAAACAGUCAGACUGAGUCUGUUGCACAAAGCAGUUUAGCUCUGGACUAUCUUAAGCCGGACUGUGGUACAAUGAAUUCUGGGUAAAUAAAAAAAAAAAAAAAAUGGCUGACUGAGGAAUCACAUCCAACCACUCAGCUGUGUUUACCUUCAGCAGAACAUGUUUGUCUUUAGGAAAAAUUCAACAGCUACAAGACGUUUUACUUUGAAGAGUGAAACAAUACAAAGAAAAAUCUCAUUUGGAAAGAAAAAUGGCCGACGUCUCUAAAAACUCUUUCCCUUCUCUGCAAAUUUCAAGCCAUGUUUUCCUGUUUUAUUUUUUGUUGCUGGGUGCUACUGGUGUCAUUGAUCGUUACCAUGGUAACACUGGUCUGGGUGUGAGGUGUCUAAUGUCUGUAUUUUUGUGAAAGUUUCUUGCAUCAGAUUAAUCUACGAGCAAAAAGAAGAAAUUAAAGAACAAAUCAGAAAUGAAUAACGACGAAACAGAAGAUGAUGGUUUAUUGUAGAGAGCAUAAGCUAACACCUGCUGCGUCUUGUUGCACGUUUCACCUGUGUUGCACCUGUGACCACUCCUACUAGUGAUGUCACUGUGACACACCUGGUGUGUCACAGUGACAGAACUGAUGCUUUAAUUUAUAAAGUAAGAGAGUUGUUUCUACAUUUUCUAAUAAACACCAAGUUAAUAAACUGUUAAUAUAAUAUUCAGCACUAGUUACAACUUAUAAACCCUUUAAAAUAAAUAUGCCUUAUUAGACAGAAAUAUCUCCUGAUAUCUUAAGAUGUUAUUUUCUCACAAAUCUAAAGAGUUAAUAGAUUGUUUUAGCAGCAGCGGCUGUGAAGCUGUUUUAGAGGGACAGUCUGUGUGUGUGUGUGUGUAUAUAUAUAUAUAUAUAUAUAUAUAUAUAUAUAUAGUGACAGAGACAGUGAAACAUAAGGAACGACCAUCUCAGCAUCAGUGUUUGUGAUUUGAGGCAAAGUGAACGUGAUGUUUGAGUGUGUGUUUUAAUGAACCGUGGCUUUUUGCUUCUCGUGGUGAGAGUGUCGUGAGCUGGUGAACGCGGCCGGAUGGACGUGUGAGGUUUAGAUAUUCUGCCACAUCAGUGACUGUUUAUAUAUUUCUGAGCACAAUCCACCACAGGGGAAUAUGAUUGGGCGGCAGCAGCAGACGCAGCGGAGGAGGGUGAAGCUCUCGCUCUGAAACGGUUUCAUUCACUUCUCUGUGUCGAAAAUAUCAAAUAGCAGCUGUUGUUUUAUGUGAUUGUACCAACACUGUACACGCUCUGAGUAUCUGUACAUUCAUGCGCUUGUGUUUGUUCCCUGUGUAUUUAAAGUGAGUGUUAUUUAUGGAAACUCUUCUGUUUGUAAAGUGGAAAAAGAAAGUUAUCCGUAUAUUUUUAUGCCACUUUUACUUCCAUUAUUGUCCAUUAAAACAUUAAAAAUAUUAUUUUGUGAUUUCACUAUUUGGAAGAUGCUGCUUUAGUCUUUGCUUUUUAGAUAAACGUGAUCCUGUGAGUAUGUUGAUGGUUCUCUAGAAAUUGUUAAUUUGUACAUUUUAACUUUAUGGUCUGAAUAAAGUUGUUUCUGGAA